ACAGUGCAGCCACACUUGCAACAAUCCGUAGAUUAUUAAAAAAAACAAGUGCAACCUACUAUGCAACAGUCUCAUUCGAACACCCGAGAAUAAGUAUGCGAAUGUUGCGCAAAUUUAUCACAAUGACCGAACGACACGAAAAAACAUGCAAAUCCCUAUCAGAAAUGAGAAGGGAAGAAGAAAGGCUACUCAAUGAAAUCGAGAAUAGAAUAAAAUCAUGCGAGCAAAAACGACGUUUGAGAAGUGCAGUAGAAAACAGAGUCAAAAUAUUACGUGAAUUCAUACAAUCGAUAUCGCCGAUCCCGGAAGACGAAGGAACUGAUGAAGAGGAUUUUAACCAUUCGGAAGAUGAAAGUAACAAGGACAUUCGAGUCACUCAACUGAUCAAUGAAUAUCGCAAAGCAAGUAAUAAGAAACACAUCGGUGAUACAUACCAAUACGAAAUAAAAAGCAUUACCGGCGAGCCAUUAUGCCGCGUAACGACAGCGUUUUUAAUACAAAAAUAUCCAACGAGUGAGCCGGAAAAGAAACGAGCAUAUCGCAUUGUUUACGAUGUAGUAGAAGGCGAAAUUUACAGAUACGCAUACGAAAUUAUCCCCCAAGACGCGAUUCAAUUCCAACAAGCUAUGCGGAUGCAACCGGGAGGAUUAAAAGACUUGCCACUCUAUUCGCAGGUACAGAAUCAACCGGUAAAAAUCGAAAUAACGAGUCACUCCACACAUGAGAUACAAUGGCCAAAAUUUCCAUAUGAAGACAUUUCAACAAAUACAGACAAGUCAGAUAAAGAUUAUUCACCGACACAGAAAAAAUCGACAAAUAAACGGGCGAUAAAUAUUAAAACAUUAAAACAAAAAUUAGAUGCUUUGUACAGGAAAGGAAGACCAAAAAAGAAGGCAAAACAACCAACACGUCAAGACCAACCAGACGCAAACACAUCGACCAUCGUUAAACAAUGUACUCGAAACCUGGAUUCGUCAAGUUCUUCGUAGGCGAUGAAUUUACGAUCGCCCUCAUUCGCAGCUCGGAACGAUUCAAUGUUGAUUGGCGAUGUAAAAAUGCUAGCAGUUGUAUUAGAUAAAAUCCCGGUGCCAGAAAUUUUGCCAGAGCAAAUUUUGAAGGGUACAUUCUUUAUUUUCGUUGGAGCCAAACAUUCAGAGGGUACCGGAGGAAAGAUAUCAAAAGAAUAAAGACAAAAAACUAAAAAAAUGUAAAUUAGA